AUGUCGGUAGUGCCUGAGCCAGACGGACACAUCGAUGACCUUAUCAACAUCCCGGGGUAUGACCCGGACCUCCAACCCACAGCUGGUGAGACCCGCAAGGCCAAGAUGAAGGUCGACUUGUGCAUUCUACCUUUCAUCGUGGUCUGCUUCUGCUUUUUGCAGUUCGACCGCACAAACAUCGGAAAUGCUUUGACAGAUACGCUGCGGGCUGAUAUUCAUGUGAGCAACUCGGCGAUCAAUAUGGCCCAGACCCUGUUCACCGUGGGCUUCAUCAUUACCGGGUUGCCUUUCAACGUAAUCAGUCGAUACAUAGGCCCCGAAAGAUUCUUGCCUAUUAACAUGUUCGUCUGGGGCGUCGCCACAUGGUCCCAGAUCUUCAUCAAGAGUGCGUCGGGGCUGAUCGCCGCCCGAUUCUUCAUCGGAGCCCUCGAAGGCGGGUAUAUCCCCGGGUUCGCCCUCUACAUCUCCCAGUACUAUACCCACCAGGAGCUUGCGCUGCGAUACGCGAUAUUCUGGGCCUCAAAUAGCUUUGCUGGCAUUCUUGGUGGCCCUCUGUCCAUCGGACUUCUCUCAUUAGGCGGUCGACACGGGCUUCAGGGAUGGCAGUGGCUUUUCUUGAUCGGUGAGUUCUUCGGCCUCCUUACCUGCUUUCUCGGUAUUGUGGCGUAUCUGUACCUCCCACACAGCCCCAUCCGCCCCAAGACCUUCUUCCGCCGAUCAUAUAACAUCUUCACCCCCCGCGAGGCCUCUAUCCUGAUAACCCGGGUGCUCAACGGCGACCGCACCAAGGCACACCGAUCACAAGGGCGUCAUCAGCGGCAGUCUAUCACACUCUCUGACGUGUGCAGCACCUUCACCGACUGGCGCCUCUACGGACACCUGGCCGCCGCUUUCUUGUCGAUGUUGAUGAUCUCACCAAUGAACACCUACGCGCCCUCUAUCAUUAAGAGUCUCGGCUUUACCAGUCUGCAAGCCAACGGCCUCAACUCUGUCGGCAGCGCCGGCGCAUUACUCUUGUCUGUUGCAUUGGCACUUAGCAGCGACCGGUCGCAGGAGCGUGGGGUCCACAUUGCCGUCGGAUACCUCUGGGGUGCGGCGGGGUUGUUGUGGUUGGCGUUGGCGCCGGAUUCGAGUGGGAAAUGGUUGCUCUAUGGGGGAGUCGUGUGGACCCAAAUGGGGAUGGGCUGCGCCCAAGCGAUCAGCGCCGCCUGGCUGACGACGAAGAUGCCGGAGCGGAAGCGGCCAGUGGCGCUGGCGGCGUAUGUCAUGAGUAUUCAGCUGGCGAAUCUGCCAGGCAAUCAGUUGUUUCGAACACAAGAUGCACCGCGGUAUACCCGUGGGCUUAUCAUUGCCGCCUCUUGUGCCAUUGGAGCCGCCGUCAUCAUUUUGGUUUGGAAAGUGCUCUACCGCGUGUUCGAUCAGGAAGAUCAUUUAGCUGAAAGAGAGCAGGCGGGGUUUUACGAUGCAAGUCGAAAGGAGGAUCAACCAUGA